AUGAAUGUGGAGGAAGAGGAAGAGAAGCGUAGACUCAUCGGUCAGGUGCUUGAGCUUCAAAAUACUCUUGAUGAUUUGUCUCAACGAGUAGAUUCAGUGAAGGAGGAAAAUCUGAAGCUAAAGUCUGAAAACUUGGUUUUAGGACAGUACAUUGAAAAUCUAAUGGCUGCGAGUAGCGUUUUUCAAAGCACUUCCCCAAAAUCGAAAAAAAGGUUUCAGAAACUUUUAGCUUUAAUGUUUUUUCACUGUCAAAGUAUUUUUUUUUAA